CGGGCGGUACGAGGUAGUAGCUCAGUGUCUCAGCUUAUGAGGCUGUGUCAUGCAUGGGCUGUGUGUUUGUUUUCUUUUCAGAGUAAAUGAAACUAAAUGAAAAGUUUUUUUUUUUUAAUUUGGACGGUGAAAAGGUUCCCAAGACACUGUGGCUAGAAGUCUGUUCUUGUAUACAGAAACGCAAAUUGGGAAAUAAGAUCUUGCACCUGUUGAAGUAAAACUGAAAAAUCUCCCAGGAUUCUGAUAUGAGCAAGAUGAAACCCUUACAGCUCAUGUGUCAGAACUGCAAUACGCAGCAUGAGAAAAUUAAGGACUUUAAGGCUCAUGUCCGGAAUUACAGACAUAAGCGGGAAGUGGCAAGACUUUUUCAGACAGCUGUACAUAAGGGACCAGUUUACUUUCCCAUGUUUGUUUUCCUGGAUUACUUGAGAAGCCCAAACCAGGCUAAGCCACUCAUUGGAUUCGACAUGGUGACAAUGUUUAUUACUCCUGAAAAAAUUGGUGCCUUUUACCUGUGCCACGUAUGUGAGGAGCAGUUAAGCACUGGUGAUGUAUUGCAUCUGUGCUCCGAUCAGCAUUACUUCAGAUACUUGGCCUACACUAAUCCAGAGUUGCUGCGUUUUGCUUGGCUCAAUGACUCCUGUUCUUAUCUACAAUCCAGUGCUACAAAAGAGUACAACACCAAUGGUUCUGGUAACCUACGGGUUUUCGAGCUGCCCAAGUUGAUCCUGAGGCAGUGUAAAAAACUGCCAUAUCAUCAAGUCAUAUCAGUAUUUUCCAAAACAGACAAGCUAAUGGAACGUAUCCAAGCUGGUAUACCACAGAGGAAAUCCAUUCAGGAGUACAUCGCUGACACUUCCAGAGCUAGUCCAUUAUUGGGCUUGAACCUACUGCUGGAGUACUCUUGUCCAAAGAGCGAGGACUGUUAUGGAUAUCUCUGUAUUCUGUGCAAGAAGAAACUUUCAGCCAUUCAAAGCAUCUCCCAUUGCAUUAGCUUUGAUCAUAUUUACUCGUAUCUGAAAGCUGCUCACCCAGGUACUUUGGACUCUCCCAAGAGCAGUUACAGUCACUAUUCCUACAGUUUCCACAAGAAGAUUCUUUAUCUGGCCAAUCAGGCCCAGACUGUCUGCCCUCCAACGGAAAUACAGAGCGUACAUCUGGAUCUGGAAUGCUUUAAAGCUGUUAACUCCUCAAGCUAUGCAAGCGCUCUGGAAAAGCUGCAGGUAAUAUGGAGAGAAAGAAACCAGAGUGAACUGAAUGUUAGCAUUACACCAGGAGAACGGAUCAUGUUUGCUCAAGAGGAUCAUGAGUCAUCUGCUAGCACAGCAACCACAGACAUCUCAGCAGAACAACAAGAGGAGAAAACACAAAUGGAAGGUCCUGUCACUCAAACCAGAGACUGUCUACCAUGCAGAAUUUUGUGUGUAGAAUGUGACCAGAUGUUAAACUUCAUAAUAGAUUACAAAGAGCAUAUUAAGGGAAAGCAACACAAACAGAAACUCAAUGAGCUGUUUGGAGCAGGCCAGUACAGUGGAGCCAUCUCUCAGAUUAAACUGUACCAGUACAUAUGGAACCGCCAUGGCAAGACUUCAUCUUCCCCACUCAUAGGCCUACCACUGCUCACUGUGUUUGUACAGAGGCAAAGUCUGGAUUUUAAUACACCGUUCUACCUGUGCCAUGCGUGUGAGCUUAACAUCCCUGUCUCCUCCGUGUCUGUACACCUUACAUCUGCACAGCACUACUUCAAUGUCUUUUCACACUCCAAACCGGACCUUAUUUUUCUUGUAUCCCGGAAUUUGGACCAGCUUGCACAAGAAGAAGAACUGAGUCAGAGAAAGCAGACGAUGGUCCUGCAAGUGUGUGAGCUUCCAAGUCAGCAGUUUAAAGAACUGAGGACCCUGGCAUAUGAAAAAUUCAUGGAAACAAUUGGGAAGUACUCUUCAAAGCUGAAAAAAUGUGUUCAAGUUGAGAAGCGGGUGACACUACAGUCAUACUCUACAAGUUGUGAAAGGAAGUCUCCACUGCUUGGUCUGCAGUUCAUGGUGAAAUAUACUACAUCCCAGCAUUAUUUCAGAUGUAGCUAUCUGUGCUUGCUGUGCGAAAAGAAGCUUCCAGAAAGGCGUGCCAUUGCCCAUGUUUUGAGCUUCUCUCAUGUGUUCGCCUAUCUUGAUAUGGCCCAUCCUGGUUCCUUGAGCAAAGAGGAUUCUGAGCAGGUGUCUCUUAUCAUGGACUUGGCACAGCAGGCAGAGAAAAUCACUCCUAAUAUGACUUUGCGGGAAGUGGAUGUGAGCUUUGGAAAAUUUAACGAAAUUGAAAAAAACUCCUUUAUGUCUGCUGUGAAUGUGCUGCAAGUGGUUUUUAGAGACAAAGGACUGGGAGAGCUCAAACCUUCUGUUGUUCCUGGAGCAAGAUUAGUCUCCAGUUUUGAGACUAACAAGGAGAAUAACUCUUCAAAGUGUGAAAAACAAGGGCAUACAUUAGACACGGAGGAACUGAAUAUUGAUGGAACAUGCACUGAUACACCCAUGUCCAAAACAGAAGAUCUCUUACUUACAGACCCCAAAGAGCUUCUGAAAACCACAUGCAUAACUUCAACACACAUACAGCCUGCUGAACCAUCAUUAGUCACGACACAUUCCGACAUGACCUCUUCACAGCCUCCAAUUUCAUCCUUAAACAAAGAGCAAUCUGAGCCCCUGAAAUUGGACCAGAAGUCUCUGAAUCAAGAAGGACUUCCUGACCACAGCUCCACAGAGGAUGUUCCAACUGUAAAACAUCCUCAACCUCAAGACUCAAGUGUACCUCAACAGCAGAGUGCAGAACUGUCACAAAAACCUGUGGCACAAGUGGAGGCUCUGCAGAAGCCAGCGCAGUCUCCAGCUUGCUUGAAGACAGAGACCCCAGCAGUUCUUCAGACCCACUUGUCAACUUGUACUGACCUCAGAUGCUACCUGAAGAUGCCCAACAGGCAACCUAUAAUAGGUUUAAAAUCUGUGAUUGAAUGUUGCACCGUUGGUCAACAACCAUUCUACGUGUGUGUCACAUGUGCAGAAAGAUGUGAGGAGAGCUCCAUAAUAAAGCAUCUUUUAAGCCACAAACACAGACUCCAGUAUCUGGAAUCUAUAGGCUAUGAUCCCAAACCAGGCAAAAAAAAGGUGACAACCAAAUGGUUGCGAGCCCAAGCAGAUAUAGUAGAAAAGAUGCAAGGAUGUGGAGAGGCAGAGACACUAAAGUUGGAUGCUAAAGAUUACCAUGAAAUCUCCAGUGCACAUAUUCUAACUGCUUUGGGAAAGUUAAGGGACUCUCUCCUCAAGCUGACAUCUGAGAUCAGUGCUCAAAACCCAAAGGCAACUUGUCCUCACAAGGCAUUCAAAAGGGUAAGAGAAACUGAAGAAAAGGACUGCCCACAUCCUCACCUAAAAGAAACCGUGAAGUCCACAAAGCCUGACACAGAGCGUGAAACUCCUGAACAAAAUCCUGAUGAUCCUGCUCGGACUUCACCGUAUUUAUGGUCAUACCUCACAAGCCCCACUCGAACAGAGCCAGUAAUCGGUUUGAGUAUGAUCACAGAAUAUCGUAAUUCCAAUGGUCAGAACUCCUUUCUGUGCUCCUGCUGCAAAAAAAUCCUUGCUACUCGCAGUUACAUGGGCCACCUGAUUAGCCCCCGCCACCGUUUCAAUUACAUUAAAAGUAAGUACCCAGAGUUUGUUGCACUCUGGAAAGGUGAGAUCAACUUGACCACCAAAAUUGCAGAACUCCAAAAGAAAGCACAGAUUGUACAGGACAGUGAGGGCUGGGGAUGCAUCAAGGUGGUAGAAAAAGAAAAUAAGCAGCCUCAAAAAAAGACGCAGCAGCCACCAGAAGGUACUGAAGCUGAGACUGCAGGCGCGGUCCAGAAACAGGAGCCAUCUCAAACCAGUGGUGACACUGAGCCACAGGACCUUAAGAGCAGUGAGCCAAAACCUACAAAACAGCAGAACAUGAUUGAUGCUGAGAACCCAAGCAAGGCCCAGAAACUGGAGCCGUCACAAACUGGAGGUGACUCUGAGCCACAAGACCAUAACAGCUGUGAGCCAAAACCUACAAAACAGCAGAACAAGAAAAAAAUUAACAAACGCAAAGCUGUGAUUGGAUUGAAUUUUGUUACUUGUGUGCAUCAUGGCAAAAAGAAGCUGUUCUUUUGUGAGCUCUGCUCUGUCCGAGGUCCUCUAGAACAUAUGUCUAGUGUCACCCACAGGGAAGCCUAUGUGAAACAUAAAUAUCCUGGUUGGAAUGCAAGUGGCACAAGCAUGGAGAAGAAGCUGCAUAAGAUAGCUUCGUGUUUAGCAGCAGUGGAGAGAAGCACUGGGAUGGGAAUGAAGAAACUGAAUGUCACUGCUAAAGUCUUCACAGCCUUAUGUACCACUCCUUUCAAUGAAGCUGUGAGUCAGCUAAAAUUGCUGCAGACAAAGCCAGAAGCUGGAGUGGACCUGAAAACUCCUUCCCAACCUGAACCAAGCACCUCCUUAGACCAGGAACAUGAUACACGCAACAAUUCUGUGGAACACAUGCCAUGUUCUGCUGCAACUACUAACUCUUUGCAGCAGGAGAAAUCCCCCCUGCUGGAGAAUCAUUCAGUUCCAGAUGAAAUUCCUGAUCCUCUAAAUAAAGCCUACUCUUGCCACACCCCUCCUCUGAGUUCAUGCUGUCCUUUCUCAGUUCCUGUCUCAGUCGUUCCUAAUUCAUCCCCCUGUUCUACAACUGUCUCUUUUCCUUUCUCAUCCUCUACAGAGCUCCAUGCUCCUUCUGGCCAUUCCAGGCACAUUUCUCCUCCACCACAACUCCUUUGCAGCACCAUCUCUUCCACCCUUUCUUCACCAUCUCUCAUCCAUAUCCCACCUCUCUCCUCUCAACCUGAUAGUCCCGCUCAGUGUGUGUUUGUACCCCAUUCCCCGUAUGAACCCAUAUCACCUCCAUCUGCAUCAAACUGCCAGGAUGUAACCGAUGUUGCUCCACCAUAUUCUUAUCCUGCACUUCCUGUGUAUGAACCCAUAUCACCUCCACCUGCAUCAGACAGCAUGGACUUAACCGAUGUUGCUCCUCCAUAUUCAUCUGCCCUUCCAACUCCUGGCAAACUGCCUCAUCACAUGGAAUGUGAAGAACCUGCAGAUGUUGCAGGUUCUGCUCUUCAUGAGACAACUUCAUAUGCUGAGUCCAAAGGAUCUAGUGGAACAGAACUCGCGUGUAGCAAGUCCAUCCUGAGAGAAGAAAGCAAACUUCUACAAGACACAGUACCUUCAAAAACAUACUGUUUUCCAAACCUUCCCACAGUGCUGGAACAGAGUUACGCCUCCAUGUUUCUCAAUGUGAGGGGACUUUCUAACACAGAUCCAAUUAUAGGUCUGUCUAAUAUAUUGGAGUGCCGAAGUAUUUCACAGCCAACUUUUUUCCUGUGUCUCAACUGUGCUGAGAAAGUUAGCAGAGAGAACUUUUGUGACCAUAUGACCAGUGAACAGCACCAAUGCUUGUCCAUUAGAGCUCAGUAUCAUGAGAUAUUUCGGCACUGGCAGUGGCAGACCAUUCAGCAGAAGACCAUUCGUGACUUGGCUGACAAACUGGCAUUUGCAGAGAAGGGGUUAGAUGCUAAGGUCAUCAAGUUGAACCACAACCAGUAUGAGUCUCUGUGUUCUACAGACUUCCAUGAUGCAAUUGAAAUACUACAGAGGAUGUUUGGCCCAUGUUUGGAUGAGAGCUCACAGCCAUCACACCUUGCAGGCCAGAAUCACAGAAGCAAUGAAAUCUCUGUGGUGAGGUCACCACCAGAGUCUGUGGAAGCUGACAAAGAAAGAGAUCAUCAGUCACAACAAAGCUGUGACAAAACAACACAAAUUCAGGAACUUCACAGUAGUCAAGUACCACUUAAAGAAUUUGAUAGUGCACAGGGACACCUUGGUAGAAACACUACACCAUGCACCACCACACAGAAUCAGCUGCAGCAGAGUCAAAGCUCUCCAAAGACCUUGCCAGAGAGUGAGGCUCAAACACCACAGGAUCAUUAUCAGUCUAUGGUACAAAUAGAUCUGACAGCUGAGUCUGACAGCAGAAAAUCUUCACUCCACUCUCAAAAGCCAGUCACUAAAGGACCAAAGGAAAACCCUGCUAUAGAUUGUCCAACUUUAACUGCCUUAGAAACACCUACAGUCAAACAGGAGAAAACUGGUCAUGAUGAGGUUUACUGUGGGCUAUAUAUCACUCCCACUUUAGAAGCAAAAAGUUUUAAAGAACCUACAGGGAAUUCCCUCAAGCACACUGACUUGAAGAAUAUGAACAAAAACAGAACAGAGGUAGAUGCUGUGGUUGGUCUGAGCGCAGUGAUUGAGUGCAGAAGUGAGGGUCAGGCUCCACUGUACUUAUGUGUGUCCUGCUCCAGCAAACUCAACCAUGACCUCAUCAGCUACCACUUGGUAAAGUCUGGCCACAGAUAUAGUUACCUGAAAAGACGUUACCCCUCUUUGUUUGAGGACUGGUCCGAUUCUGAUAGUAGACCUGAGAGGUCCAUGAGGCUCAUGAGGCUUGCUCACAAAGUGGAGAUGACCAAUGAGGAUGAGCCUGGUCAGCUACAGGUGAUGAAACUGAGCUGUGAUGACUUAAAGGAAAUAAAAACCAUGUCAUAUAAUAAAGCCAUCAUACAUUUGCAGAAAAUCAGAAAAGAGCAGAACCUCUGUGCUCUCAAAACUUGCAUUUCUCCCAAGAUCACAAAAAAUCUGAUAAAACAGGAGAGGAUGGAAACAGACAUGACAACUCAAUAUUCACCACAGCUACCUGGGAUGAUUUCACAGGGACCAAGUAGAGCUUUUAAGCGCAGGGCUGUUGAUCAAGAUUUACCUCAUCGGCUCUUUCCAGGGAAAGAACAAUGCUCUGAUGUCCCAUCCAGUCAUAUGAAACAUUCCCCUGCCAUAGGGAAUAACCAAGAACCAUCAGAUCCCCCAGUAAAGCGAAGCAAGAUCUCUGGCAAUGAUUCAGACAGAGUUACACAACUCCAGAAGGAGUCUUCUAUUUUGACCACAGCCAAUCCAAAUAGAUCAUCAUAUUGUAUACUAGCCACAGUUCCAGAGACAUCUAGAAGUUCUCCCAGAUGUUUAGACCCCAGUUCUCAGACUUAUAAGAGAACUAUUUCCAUGGACGAGACUGUGCUUAAAAACAGUGAAAAGGAAGACUCUUCAUCAGCCAUUACUGUACCUCAGCAAAAGGACUCCUGUCCCAACACUACUACCAUUAGUGCUCUCUCUUCCAUGAAGGGCCAGGAAAUUGCUCGACUGUCUGAAAAAAGAUCUUUCGUGAAAAAGAGCUUAAGUGAGAAUGCCUGGAAUUAUGAAAACCGACAGUUUAGCCCUGAAACACCCAGUAUGGCUAACACAAAACCAGUAGCUGACAGUUCUGCUGAGACUGUGGCUAUGAAGCAGCAAUGCAUCGCGUAUUCAGUGCACAAUUACAGUGAAGCGCUCAAUCCUCACUAUAACUGGAAAAUUCCUGAUAAAGGUCUGGACCCCAAUCUGACUCAAAAUGCUAAUGCAAAUUUGUACCUUUCAGUGGUCUCCAGAUAUGGCACAACAGCCUCUGUCACCGGUCAACUGACACCUGAAUAUACAAUGUCUCAUCAAUAUCCCAUGCAUCCUGAUUACCCUUCAGUUAUUGCUGUAUCUAAUACAGUGGCACCUGAUUAUUUAGUGCCAGUAGAUGAAAGGGCCAUGAAUUAUGAAGCAGCUGCCCCAGGUAUUUCUACAAAUGGUACAUACGUCACGAGUACAAACUCCACUCACACAUCGCAUACAGUUUAUCAGUCUCAACAGGUUUAUCAGCCAAUCCAGUCAUUCCUGGACCCAGACACCCAUCACGCCUGCUAUACUUGCUCUUCUUACAGUCAGGCACUUCGCACUAACCAAACGGCAGCAGACAGUGAAAAUGGCGCUUCCACACCUGCAUCUGAACAUGUUUACCCACUGGCUAGCUGGCCACAAGUCCCUUUCUUGCAUCCCAAACAUUAAUUUUAUAUAUUGGAAAUGGCUUAAUUAAUAAUUAACCUUAUAUCUACUACUUUCUCUGUUUGCCUUGAGCUAGAGUACAUUUUCAAAAAUAUGUAUUGAAACAAAUUGUGUAUGUCUUAAGUUUGUCACAGGUUAUGAAUUAUGUGUUAGAAAAUCUGCUAUUCCAAGUAUAAUGGAAUAUUGUGGUUGAGAGUUUAUUGAUUACAAUAACUCUUUGCUAUAUGACUAAUGCAUAAAUUUUUGUUUGAGAGUUGAGGAGAGAUUAAGGAAAUGUGUGGAAUUCAGUGGCUGGAAUGGUGGUAUCAGUUUUAGGGAACUCUGUUUUAGAAUGUAUCCUUGAAUUAUUGACAGCCUACAUAUCUGGUUAUUUGUUAGUGGUUGUUAAUUAGUUUUUCUGUCACUCUUUUACAGAAGAAGAACUGAAGAAGAAACUGCCAAAAUACUUCAGAUUCUGUUGAAAACAAACGUGCAUACCCAAAACAAUAAGCAUUAAUCUUUUAUUUUAAAAAUGGCCUGCUUUUUUUCCACUUCUAAGUAAUUUACAUGGGGUCUUGUAUUUCUGUUCUAUACAUUAGUCUGAAUAACUGUUUCAUGGCCAGCUGAUACAAUUCCAUGAAUAUUAAUGAUACAUGUGUGAUGUUCUGUAAAAUUUACUGUAAUGGUCUUUUAUUGGCCAGAUGGGCCUUUGUCUUGUUUUAUUAGAGACAAGACUGCUUUGAUUUUUUUUUUUUUUUUUUUAAAUAGUUUUAUCUAGACAGUUGUGAGUGUAUAUUAUUUUGAAAGGCAAUACAUAUUUGGAGAUUUGAAUGCUUUUGUGAAACAUGAGAUUUAUUUUUUCUGUUUUAUUUCUGCAGAUAUAUUUUGCUAAAUAAAAUCUCAGAAAUGUUUGUAUUAUUUGGUUCAUUUCAAGGCUGCAUGUGCUAUGUGAAGAUUACAUAUAAUUGUAGAUAUGUAACUUUAUGGAACAUAUAACCUAAUCAUUCCAGGAUUUCUGACUGAAACAUGGUUGUGUUUUGCUGUUUGUUUUGUUAGCUAUGGGGUUAGAAGGAUGCCAAACAGCAUUUUGUUUUACAAAUUUAUAAACUCUUAAAAUAAACCCAGAUAUAUUGUAAACCUUUUAGCACAUUUUGAUUAGCUUUUUAAUGCAGAACUCCAUAUAAUAAAACAUGAACUUAAUGGUA